CAGACAGAGGCAGUCCUCCUCUCCUUCUUCUCACCUGCCUGUGUGUCUCUUUGUUCAUGUGCCUGUCUGUCGUCUUUAAGCUUAGAAAUAUAGAGUGAACACAGAGCUCGGUAAUGGAGACCACGGUGGACCGGCGUUCCCGCUUUUACCCCCGCGAGAGGCACACAAACUCACCGGACAAAUAAGGCGUCAAAGGACGGCACGCCGGGUUUCAGCGGAAAGCGCCUGUCACUGCUAGUUACCACAGCGGCGCUCGCAAGUGUGAUCUCCUUCAUCCAUCCUCCUCUUCCUCGCCGUCAGCACGUCUUGAAAAACAGAUGCCCUGCACGGGAAGUUACGGACUAAACACGGAUACAUUCUCCAAGUCGUCUUCUCCAAUUUCCCAGAAGCGCUCUCACCCGAAGGAUUUCUUCGUCUAUGAGCCAGCUCUUCACUGACCUCAAAAACAAGCUCUUUGGCCGCCCCAGUGAGAAGAGCUCCACCAACUCAGAUCGAGGCUUCUGAGAAAUGAGCUGCCAAUGUAAGUCCCUUGGCUGACCUCAGCGCUUCGCUGGAAAUAUCUUCAAAAGAAUCUCUCUUCUGGCCUGGAGGUCUUCUAGAGGGUUGGACCUCCUCGCCAUCAUGAAAGGCUUAGGGACCAACCGCAGCAGACACCUGUCUGAUUCCUGCGACACUUCUGCAGACCAUUCAGAGGCCCUCUUUUCUCAUAAGACCACCACACUUCCUCGCAGCCCUUACUUGCUGAGUCCCACAAUGGACCACUAUGGCACCAUGGACCCCCACCUUUACUCUUCAGCCAACCCAAGCUCCCUUCCACCAGAAUGCAUGCUGCCCCUCAACAACCAGCUGUCCAACAGCAGCACCUUUCCUGGGAUUCACUACAACUCCUAUGACCAGUCUGAUUUUUCUCCUCCUGGGGACAGUAUCGGAGGAAUAAGCACAGGGACCAUGGGGACCUCCAUGUCCAUGGGCAUGGGCAUGGGGACGGGAAUGGGCAUGGGCAUGGCAGGGCUGAGCGCACGAACACCUAUGAUUACAAGUGGCUCAGCAACAAUAUCACAUCAUAUGACCAAGAACCAGACCCCACCAAGUCUGCUUGAGUUUGAUAAACAGUUACCUGGCGGCCGUGAUGGAUUCAGCACAUUGCAGUUUCACCGAACAUCUGCUGCUGCUGCUGCCAAGCAGCGUACGGACAGUCCUGGUCGUAUUCGUUACAUGCUGCACUCAGUGCAGAAGCUCUUUGCGAAGUCGCAGUCCCUGGAGAGCCACAACAUGAAAGGAAAUGUUAACGGACGGUCGACCGGCAGUGGAGGAGGUUCAUCUAGUACGGAGGAUGGAGGGAAGCACAAUCGCAGAGCCAAAAGUAAAGAUCGGGGUACAAAAUCAGAAGCAACUGCCAAGCGACGGCCACGCUCCAACAUGUCGGGUUACUGGAGCUCGGACGAUCUGGACAGCAGCGAUUUGAGCAGCUACCACAACACCAUGGCCAUGAUGACUCUCGGGCGUCCAUCUGGCCCCGACAGCCACGGGGGGCAGAACAGAUACAUCCACAGUGGCUACAACACUAUCAGCUCAUCUAAAAGCAGCAGUGACUUAAAGUAUCAGGCACUUCCUGGGCCAGGGGGUGGAGGAGGUGGUGGAUUAAGUGGACUAGGUGGAUUAAGUGGACCAGGAGGUUUGAUGAUGAAUGAUAGUGACUAUAUGAAAGGAGGGUCAUGGUCCACAUUAACCAUGGGUCAACCAAGACAGGUUAUUCAGAAGGGCUCAGCUACACUGGACAGGUCCAUGCUCAAAUCCAAGUCCUGUCAACAAGAACUAACCUGCAACUACCUACAGGUUGGAAGAAGGGGUGACUGGAGCAGCUCAUUAGGUCGCAGCGGGGGUGCCAAUGAAAUCCCAUGCCGGCGGAUGCGGAGUGGUAGCUAUGUGAAGGCAAUGGGAGACAUGGAAGACAGCGAUGACUCUGAGGGAAGUCCCAAACCCUCACCAAAAACUGCUGCUCGGCGUCAGAGCUACCUCAGGGCUACCCAGCAGUCUCUGAGUGACCAGUUUCCCCCACGCAACAGAACCCUGGAAUACACCUUUUUGCAAGGGGAGCUAGAUGCCCUGUGGUCUCCACUCCACAGUGUGUCCUCUCUGCACCAGCUGGGCAGGUCAAUGAGCAGCUGUCUUCCAGCUCUCAGAGAGUUCUCCAAUAAUCGCAGCCUAGACAACCUAGACUGUAUUGGGAGUAUAGGCUCAUCUUUGCCACCAUGGGACGACGAUGACUUCAGCCAGGCUUGCAGUACCUUGGGCAGGCGCAUGGGACAGCUACGAGACCUAGAAAGGAGCCAUCAUUAUGAAGACCGCAGCUCAGAUUCUACAUUUAGAGAUUCCCGUUCCCAUUCUCAGGACAACUCAGAGCCUCCAGACCUACCCAUGCCAACGUGCUUCCGAUCCCGCAGCCACAGCUACCUGAGAGCCAUCCAGGCUGGCUGUUCCCAAGACGACGAAGUUGCAUCCAUUGACUCGGGCUGCUCUCCGCCUCCCAUUGACACCACGGUUCGCACCUACAGCACCAGCACUGACGAACUUUCUGGACAAUGGAAGACAUGGAAAGAACAGUUUGGCUCUUACCUGAGAGCCACAGGCUUGGACAAAGAACCAAAGGAGAAACAACUUGCAAUUUUUCUUCAGCGUUUUGGGACAGACAGACCACACAUCCUACCCCCACGCACAGUCUCCUCGUGCAUAACCACCUGUAAGAAAGCAGCUCCUCCACCAGUGCCACCCCGUACAACCUCCAAGCCCUACAUCUCAGUGACCGUGCAGAGCAGCACAGAAUCGGCCCAGGACAACUACUUGGACCAGCAGGACAGGAGGUCAGAGGUCAACAGCCAAUCUAGCCACGCUCAAAGCAAUUCUUCUGACAGCCUUGACAGCACCCGUGCCAACAGCCUGGCCCGGGGCAUUCCCCGCCCUCCGCACAUCAUCCCCACUCCUAUUGCUACCCCGAGAGAACCAAUUGCCCCCGCUACUGCAAAUGCUUCCACUGAGACAAGUGACUCUGUAGUCCAGCACGAACCCCUAAAAUCGGGAUUUAAUAAAGGAAAUCUUGCAGCAGAGGAGCCCCUAGUAGUCCCGGUGCCCAGGCGGAAACUUUCCUCCAUUGGCAUACAGGUGGACUGUAUUCAGGAAGUUGCACGAGAAGAGACUCCUCCCCUGACCAGAUUUCAAUCAAUUGGAGUACAGGUGGAGGACGGGUGGCAGCUCAGUCACUCCAGCAGCAUGGCCUCAAAACACGAAACAGACUCAGACACGCAGGACAUCUCUAUCAUCUCCCAUGUAAUUAAUGCCAAACCCACUGAGAAGAAAGUCAUGGUCAAUUGUGCCAGUCAGUCCAUGAGCUCCCCUCCUGGACGAGACUCUUUAGACAGUGCCGACCCCACCUCUUCACCUCCACCUCCCAGGCAGAUUCUCAACCGCUCCACCACAAGAAGCAGCUCUUCCUCUUUUUCGGAAAGUCUGGACCCAGCGUUGGACCCCUCUUCUCUUCCACCGCCAGACCCCUGGCUGGACAGCGGGAAUAACAGCAGUGUCCCUCAGAGCGGAGGAGGGGGAACGCUGUGUCGGAGGGACGGCCAGUGGUUCUUGAAGCUGCUGCAGGCCGAGACGGGACGCAUGGAAGGCUGGUGCCAGCAGAUGGAACAGGAAACCAAAGAUAACCAGCUCUCAGAAGAGGUGCUGGGGAAGAUUCGCAGUGCAGUAGGAAGUGCCCAACUCCUAAUGUCUCAGAAGUUUCAGCAGUUCCGGGGACUGUGUGAACAAAACUUGAAUACAAAUGCCAACCCACGCCCUACAGCCCAGGACCUGGCUGGUUUUUGGGACCUCCUUCAGCUAUCCAUUGAAGACAUCAGCCUCAAAUUUGAUGAGCUUUACCAUCUCAAGUCCAAUGACUGGCAGCCCGUGACAUCUGCAGCUGCCCAGUCAAAUUCUGAGCGGAAGGACGAGGAGAAGGCGGCGUCAAAGAAGCCUGGUAAGGUACGACCACCGCUGGGCCGCGAGAAGAGUGCCGACUCUUCAUCCAACUCUUCCUUGAGCUCGGCAGAGAAACAGCGACAAGAGGCUCGCAAGCGUCUGCUGGCUGCUAAGAAGGCUGCCUCGUUUCGCCAGAACUCGGCCACAGAGAGCGCAGACAGCAUCGAAAUUUACGUCCCUGAGGCCCAGACUCGUCUCUGAAAGAAACUGUGAGAGAGGGCCGUUGGGUUGGAACAAAAGACAGUUAAGUGUCAGUUAAACACCUGGAGAAAGGAGAGGAAGCUUUUGCAAUGUAAAUGAGUCAUCUCAGUGAAGAUGGGUACGGGUGGAGGGAAAAGAGUGGGGAAAUUCCUGAGUUUGGAGGGUUUUGACACAUUCAUACAAUAAUAGGCUGGUCCUGGUGACUUCAAAUGAGCAAACAAGUCAUUGAAUAUUUCUCGGACCCAACGGACUUUGAAGCAGGAGACUCCUCAUUUGAGUCUUGCCAUUGAAAACCUCAGCUGAUGAACUUUAUCUUUUCUUGUUACGGUUCUUGAUAUCAUCAUAAAAAAUUGUUAAUGAAGGUAUUGUUAUAAUGACAAUUAUAUCCUAAAGAAUCUAUAUGAAGACUGUUUUAAAUGUUCCUGUAUCUCGGCUAUAAGAUAUUUUAAGCAGACAGAAGGCAAGCGUUUAUGCUUUUCUGUCUUCCAUCGUCCUGCUCUCUUCCCAGACCAUUGGCCAUCUUGUAGCUUUUGCACAACACCGCCUUGUGGCCAUCACAGACACUGCACACAUACCACAAACUCACCUGUGUGUCUUCCUCCUAUUUAUUUGUUUGUUUGUUAACUUUCUUCAUCAUUUGAGUUCUAUAAAAAUCAGUUUAGAUCAGGUUAUUACGAAUAGUUUUGGUGUGAUGAAACUGAAAGUCAGGUUUAAAGGGGUAUUUGUAUAGUUAGCAGUUACCUCUUGCGUAUGUCCUACAGAGUCGAUUGUGUCAAAGAUGUUUUUUAACAAACUUUAGGUUUAGUGUCUGAAUAGAUUUUGAAUGAGAACGCAUCCCAAUAAUCAGGCAAAGCUUGAGGACAUUUUAGGAUACGCACUACCGCUCGAAAGUUUGGGGUUUUUUAGAAAUGUUUUUGUUUUCUUUGUUUUGUGAAGAGAAGCUCACUUGUUUUAAGCUAAUGUAGCGCUGACCAGCAGAAAUGUUAUACCGGUAAUUGGCAGCAAUUAAUUACAAUUACCAACAUUUCAGGCAUACAUACCUUCACUCCUGUGUUCUAAUGGCAUGAUCCCUAAUACCAGUUUGUCAUAUUAAAAGAAUAAUUAUUAGGAAACCUCUUUCAGUUAUGUUAACAUAGCUGACAAAACUUGUGCCAUUAACAGAAGCCAUUACAUUACAUGCCAUUACAUUUAAUGUUGUUUCUUUCACUGUGGAUUAGAUGUUUAAAAAGACAUUUUAGAUAACUAAAAUUAAAACAAACUGGGGGGAAUUUAAGACUAUAACUGAAACAAUUUUGUGAACUUGGAACACUAAUAAAUAUAUAGAAAUAAAUAUAUAGAGGAGAUAUCCUUAAUUACUAUCUGUUAGUUAUGUCAAGAAGAGGCUUUGAUGUGUUUGAAACUCAGGAUCUCUGGACACUGUGAACCAGCUGCUUUCAAAAAGUUAUGUGAUUUUAUUGUAAUACCUGGACUGAUUUUCCUAAAUCUUGUCUUUUACUUAUACAGUCCAUAUAAUAUUAAUUUAAAUGGACACUAAACCUAAACAUUUUCAAAGAAUAGAAAUUACCGGUAAAUUGAAAUAAGAGAAUCACCCCUGGGAAAAUAACUGAAAAACAAACAGUCAAAAUAAAAGGUAAUUGGAAAUGGCUGAAGCAGGUCCAGCUAUUGUCACUUAAUAAAAACAUUUAUUGAUUCAUACAAUGUUUUUUUUUGUUUUGUUUUGUUUUUUUACUACUCGGAGAAGUGCAAACCAGCUCUAAAGAGAACAGAAAGAAUGAGAUAAAACCCUGUAGAUCAUUGCGCUAGGAGAUAU